CCUUCAUUCGGCCGGGGGUUGCUGGGUGGCGGCUGCGCCUCUCCGGCGAAGCUGUCGGAGGCGCGAGGCCCGGACUCAGCUGGGGGGGCUUCGGAUCGCUCCCCCACCCACCCACCCACCGACCGCGAUCCAGAGGGAGCGAGCGGUGGAUUCCUCGCAGCUCCGAGGAACUGCAGCUUCUUGGAGCGCCUGUCGGUCCGCUGUUGCUGCCUGCCUGCCUGCCUGUCCGGGCGCACCGGUUGCGCCAGAAAAGUUGGAGCCGACGCCGUUGCCCGCGAUCCAUCCAAACCCCCCUCCCCUCCUCUCCAAGAGUCCUCGGAUCUCAGAGGCUUGUUCUCCGGGCAGAGCAUCGCCGCCGCUUCUGCAACUGCGCCCCCGGACCCGGGUCCUCGCCUUCUGACGACGCGGGCUGGAGAGAAGGGGUGGGUGGGCUCCUGCUGUUGCUGUUGCUGCUGCUGCGAAGGGAGCGGCUUUCCCCCGGCGACAGUCCCCGCCGCCAGCCCGGGCAGCGCAGAAGCGCGGAUGUCGCCCUCCGUCUCUUCCCCCUUGCGGAUCGCCGGCGUCGCCCGGCGUCCUCCCCAGCCGUCCUCGGAGGCUCCGCGGCUGCAGGCGGCGGCGGUAGCGGCGGUAGCGGCGGCGACGGCAGAAGACUAAAAGGGAUGUUGGGGAGCUGUUGGCCCCGGCCGUGUCUGCCCCCCCAGGAGAUGUUUCUGAUGCUGGCCUUUUGCUUGGCGACGCGGCGGACCCUGGCCGCCCCCACCCCCACCGCCGAGGAGCUGGCGCGGGGAGUUGAUUGGCUGACCAAGUUUGGCUACCUGCCCCCAGCGGAUCCCAUCACAGGACAGUUGCAGACCCAAGAAGAGCUCACCAAAGCCAUCAUGGUGAUGCAACAGUUUGGAGGACUUGAAGCCACCGGCGUUCUAGACGAAGCCACCUUCAAACUGAUGAAGACACCACGCUGCUCUUUGCCGGAUCUUGCAGAAGCAAAGUCGAGGAAGAAACGAUAUACCCAAGGAGCUAACAAGUGGAAGAAAAGGAAUUUAUCCUGGAGAGUUCGAACGUUCCCCAAAGACUCCCAUCUGGGCCACGACACAGUUCGCGCCCUCAUGUACUACGCCUUGAAGGUGUGGAGUGACAUCACGCCUCUAAAUUUCCACGAAGUGGCCGGUAACAAUGCGGACAUCCAGAUUGACUUCUCCAAAACCGAUCACAAUGACGACUAUCCCUUUGAUGGCCCGGGCGGCACGGUAGCCCACGCUUUCUUCCCAGGAGAACAUCAUACCGCUGGAGACACUCACUUUGAUGAUGAUGAAUAUUGGACUUUCCGGUCAUCAGAUACCGAGGGGAUGGAUUUGUUUGCUGUGGCAGUCCACGAAUUUGGCCACGCUAUCGGCUUAGCCCACAUCUCUGCUACAGAGUCAAUCAUGAGGCCGUACUACCAGGGGCCGGUGGGAGACCCCCUGAAAUAUGACUUGCCCUAUGAAGAUAAAGUUCGGAUUUGGCAGCUCUAUGGAGUCAGAGAAUCCGUGUCUCCGACGGCGAAACCUGAAAUAUCGAAUGCAGAUAACCAUCCCAUGUUGCCAGAUUUCCCCGAGAAUCACUCCACUGUGCCGUUUAGAAGAGACGUGCCAAAUAGAUGCAGCACACACUUCGACGCCGUGGCCCAGAUCCGUGGAGAGGUUUUCUUCUUCAGAGGCAAGUAUUUUUGGCGACUGACUCGCAACAAGCACCUGGUGUCCCUUCAGCCAGCUCAGAUCCAUCGCUUCUGGAAGGGAUUGCCUCUCAACCUGGACAGCGUGGAUGCGGUGUACGAGAGGACCCGCGACCAUAAGAUCGUAUUCUUCAAAGGGGACCGCUAUUGGGUGUUCAAAGACAACAACGUUGAAGAAGGCUACCCUCGGCCCAUCUCGGAUUUCGGCUUGCCCUUAGGAGGCAUUGAUGCAGCUUUUUCCUGGGCCCAGAACGACAAGACCUAUUUCUUCAAAGAUGAUCUCCACUGGUGCUACGAUGACCACCAGCAGAGAAUGGAGGCGGGUUAUCCUUUAGAAAGCAGGCUGUGGAAAGGCAUCCCCAGCCAGCUGGACGAUGCCACGCACUGGUCAGAUGGGGCCACCUACUUUUUCAAGGGCAAGGAAUACUGGAAAGUUGCGGACAGUGACCUGGAGGCCGAAUCGGGCUAUCCCCGCUCGAUUGCAAAAGACUGGCUGGUGUGCAGCGACAUGCAGGCCGAUGCACCAGAGCCAGCUGGGCGCUCCAGGACCAGGGGACGCUCCCAACAGGGAUACCACGACGAAAGCCGAUCAGAAAGUGAAGUCUGCUCCUGUACCUCGUCUUCCUCUGACUUCCGGCCUCACAGCUCCCUCAGACUCGGCGGGGUUCUGGUCUCGGUCGCUCUGUGGACAGCGGUGUUGACGCACAGACCUCUAUGACCGACGGGGUUGCUGUGGACAGCAGCAAUUCAGGGGUGCAAAUGGAUGCUGGGGUGAAACGGACCCAGGUCCCCAGUUGCAGCCGUGUUAAGAAAGCGACAUCUAACAUUCCUAGCAAUGUGAUGUGGAAUUAGUUUCAAAUUCUCCAUGAGAAGCAAAAAGCAUUUUUAAUUAUUAUUAUUACCGUCGUUGUUGUUCUGAUUUCCUUCUGUUGGCUGAGGUGGGUUUAUGGCUCCCUUUUUCUUUUUUCUUUUCUUUUCCUUUCCUUUCCUUUCCUUUCUUUUAGUUAACUUUCACACCAGAUUUUGCAGAUUUUUCACUUCCUCCCCUCUGCCCAGUCUCCCCACCAUGCCUAUGAAUAAAGUUUCUCUACCUGCCA